AUUGACAGCUACGAUUGUAACAGCGUUUCAAAUUCAAUAAAAGUAGUGGGUUAAGGUGGUGUGAUACAGUUGUAAUUAAUUACAGAACUAUAAAAGAGUUAUACAAAAAUGAUUUUGGUCGACAUUUAUGAAAUGAUGAGUUGCUGGACGUUUCUCAUCGCACUUCAAGUUGUUAUCGUCUCAACUUACUUCUUAUGGACGAGAAAAAGUAAAAAAUACAAGGAUCCACUGAUGACUGAUGAGCGCAUAGAAUGGAAUCCAAUGCCUCUGGUGCCUUACGAAGUUGAGAACGAAGAGCCCCCAUUGAUGGGUAAAAUAGACGAAAACGUACUUAACGUCGGUGCCACUAGCUUCCUAUGCCUAGAUAAAGAGGAAGUAAUCCUUGAAAAUGCUAUAAAUUGCUUACACAAGUAUGGAGUGGGUUCAUGUGGUCCUCGAGGCUUCUAUGGGACUAUAGAUGUGCAUUUAGAGCUUGAGGAACGCUUGGCCAAGUUUCUAGAAGUAGAGGAGACCUGUGUAUAUUCCUAUGGAUUCUCUACUGUAGCCAGCGCUAUACCAGCAUACUCCAAGAAGGGUGACAUCAUAUUUGCUGACGAAGCUGUCUGGUUCGCUAUACAAAAGGGUAUCGAAGCUUCUCGAAGCACUGUCCGUUACUUUAAACAUAACGAUGCCAGCGACCUCGAGCGACUGCUGUCAGAAGCCGCACAGAAGAAGGAAUUGAACCCGAAGAGACGUGCCUUCUUAGUUGUAGAGGCUAUUUACUUUAAUACUGGCGAAAUGUGUCCGUUAAAACAAGUGGUGGAACUAGCCAGGAGAUUCAAACUGAGGAUUAUCUUGGACGAAAGUUUAACUAUUGGGGUAUUGGGUAAACAUGGUCGUGGCAUAACGGAGCACCUGAAGAUACCCCGAGACGAGAUCGACCUGAUCGUUGGAUCGCUGGAGCACUCAUUUGCGACCAUCGGGGGCUUCUGCGCCGGCACGCACUUUAUUGUGGAGCAUCAACGGCUCUCCGGACUUGGUUACUGCUUUAGCGCUUCAUUACCACCAAUGUUGACGCAAGCCGCCAUUACUGCUUUAGACAUAUUGGAACAAAAACCAGACAUGCUCAAAGAAUUAGACGAAAACUCCAAGAAACUUAACAAGGCUCUGGCUGAAUUAAAACAUUUUACAUUCCGUGGAAAUGAACUUUCGCCGGUAAAACAUAUUUACCUCAAAAAUACGGAUAAAACUGAUGAUAGUACGAAACAAUCAUGUUUGAGAAAAAUCGCAAAUUAUUGUAUGGAAAAAGGCGUCGCUUUCGCUGUUGCUGCAUAUUUACGAGACGUAGAGGUCAACUGUCCAGAACCUUCCAUACGAUUGGCUUCCAGUAGAAAAUUGAACGACACAAAUAUCUCUAUGAUAUGCAAUUUGUUGGACGAGGCUUAUGAAAGUGUGGUUCCAAACAACAAAUUACAAUCAUCCUAGAUCCGAUUUGUCUAUGGUGUUAAAAAGUAACAUGUCACAAUUCCCGCCAAAAUCAUUACCGACAAUGUCAAAUUGUCUAUGGUGCAUUUAAAACAUGUCACAAUCCCGCCAAAGUUAUUUUAAUGUAUUUUUCAUGUGUUCGUAUAUUAUAUAUUUUAAGAACGUUAAUUUAAUAUUACUUUUUUUAAUAUCAUAUUUUUGAAUUCAUGGGUAUUAUUUGAUCGCAUUUAUUCGUUUUUAAUUAUUUUUGUAUUCCAUACUAUAAGCUUAAUUUUUUGCUACAUCUAAGUUCUAACCCAGUAUUUUUGUAUUCUAUACAUUUCCUUACAUUUUUUUUUAAUUUAGCUGAAUUGUUUUGAAAUAAGUUUGUGCAUAAAAUCUUUUUAUGUCAAAUUUUACUAAGAUCUUUAGUAGUUAGUUUUGACAUUUGGUCAUUUUAGGACAGUUAGAUCAAUAUUUAAGAUGCACUUUUAUAUUAUUUUGUGCAC